UUGUUUUUUCUUUCCAAAAUGGCAGCCUCCAGCCGCGCACAAGUGUUAGAUCUGUACCGGGCUAUGCUGAGAGAAAGCAAGCGUCUCAGCACCUACAAUUACAGAACGUAUGCUGUCAGGAGGAUAAGAGAUGCCUUCAGAGAAAAUAAAAAUGUAAAGGAUCCUGUAGAAAUUCAAACCCAGGUGAAUAAAGCCAAGAGAGACCUUGGAAUAAUUCGUCGACAGGUCCACAUUGGCCAACUGUAUUCAACUGACAAGCUGAUUAUUGAGAAUCAAGACAUGCCCAGGACCUAGCGAGCCGGGACCAGCCACCAGCAGCAGCCAGGGACCACCUUCAGCAUCCACUCUGUGUUUGAGAUGGAGGCUCCCAAAGCCAACUUACAAUAGCCUCUUGCACUGCCUGCCCUGUGGGAGCUGAUAAACUGAGUCACAUUUGCAUUCUGCUUCAGCCUUACUGAAAAAGGACAGCUGUCUGUCCUUGGUUCAAGUGUUAGAAUGAAGAGCUGGAGCUCGUUCAGAAUAAUGCCGUGUUACCACGUCUCCCCUCCACCUCACUCCUAUCUUGUAGCUUAUGACCACUGUGUAUAGUAUUUCUACACUUUGUUUCUUGGCCCUUGACAAUAAAAAGAAUUGUCUCCCUGA